AUGGCGUCUGGAGAUGUUGAGUACCGGUGCUUCGUCGGCGGUCUUGCAUGGGCCACCGACAGCGAUGCUCUCGAGAAAGCUUUCUCUUCUUACGGCGACAUCGUUGAUUCGAAGAUCAUUAACGAUCGUGAGACUGGACGGUCAAGAGGUUUCGGAUUUGUGACAUUCGCUAAUGAGAAGUCGAUGAGAGAUGCUAUUGAAGGAAUGAACGGCCAGAACAUGGAUGGACGUAACAUUACUGUUAACGAAGCUCAGAACCGUAACAGUGGCGGCGGUGGUGGAGGUGGCGGUUAUGGUGGCCGUCGUGAAGGUGGAGGUGGAGGUGGAGGCUAUGGUGGUCGCCGUGAAGGUGGAGGAGGUGGCUAUGGUGGUGGAGGUGGUUAUGGUGGUGGUGGUGGUAGGGACCGUGGAUAUGGAAAUGACGGUGGUGACCGCUAUUCCCGCGGUGGUGGUGGUGGAAACUGGAGGGAGUAG